CCCAACACCCAAUUAAUUCAUUCUUGAACUUUUCAUACAAUUACUUCACACUGUUUAAAGUAGAUCCUCCUACCUGUAUACUAAAACAUAAAUGCCAGUUCACUGGGGGAGGUAAGAACGAAGGGAGUUUUGGUUUCCGAUUUUCAUUCCCUUAUUGAUUCAUCCCUCCAUUAUCCCAGAGGGACCUUUCCCCAUUCUCUAGUAGGAGAUUCGAGUAUUUUGAUUGUGAAUGAUGGCGAGUAGGCUUGGGAAAUCGACGAACAGGGAGCCCCCAAAACCAGCAUGCUCAGGCAGUAACAAUAACAACAAUGAUGCUGGACAUUUCGAGUGCAAUAUUUGCUUCGACUUGGCUCAGGAACCGAUUGUCACUCGUUGUGGUCACCUAUUUUGCUGGCCUUGCCUUUACAAAUGGCUUCAUAUCCACUCUCAUUUGCAAGAAUGCCCAGUUUGUAAGGCCCUCAUUGAGGAGGAGAAGCUAGUCCCUUUAUAUGGCAGGGGGAAAAACUCGUCUGACCCUCGCUCUAAGUCAUUUCUUGGAAUAGAUAUUCCACAUCGUCCAAUGGGACAGCGCCCUGAGACAGCUCCUUCGCCAGAUCCAAAUGCUAAUGCUUUUGCACAGCAAGGACUUGGAGUUAUGGGAGGGUUUGGACCCAUCGGGGGGUUUGCACCUAUGGCUUCUCCAAGGUUCGGGAACUUCACAUUAUCUGCAUCACUAGGGGGUCUAUUUCCCUCGUACAUUCAAGUGCAGGGUGGUUUCCCUGGAGCGAAUAUGUAUGGACCCGGCCAUGGUUAUCCUCAUGGGCAUUUUAAUAUGUUCCAUGGUGGACAUACUCGUGGAUUCCAUCGGUUUGGAAAUCGACAGCAGCGAGCAGAUUUUACCCUGAAGAUUCUCUUGUUGCUACUUGGUUUUAGUGUGCUCAUGACUCUAAUUUGGAGUUAAGGUAAAUUGACCAUAGGAGCUUGGAUUGUUGAGUCAUGUCUAGGCUGUGAUGGUUCCUUGUAUACUUGCUAGUGUUAUGUGUUUGUCCUCUUUUCUUGUAUUUUCCCUUUUUGGCUGUAAACCAUUUUUUUGUUAUAUCAUUUCUGCAGAAUGCUUGUGUUGAAUUGGUUUCCGACUAAUUCUUUUCUGCAUCUUUUUCCUUGUAACUCAUUAUUUCUCUUCUUCAACACAAGGAAUUUGGAUGGGAAUUCAGUUC